AAAAUUUAAAAUCGAAUCCCAAUAAUGUCUCUGCAAAGCGCCUUCGACCAUCCUUUAUAGCGUAGAAAACAGUUGGAGUGAUUAGAACUUUUAUGUCCACUUGAAAGUAGUUAGAUUUUACCGGAUCCCUUGUUUGUGUCUCUGAAUCUAUUCGUUUUAUUAAGUCCAUUUGAUAUCGAUUGCAUUCUUUUUAUUAGGUAACUCUCUUUUUCAAAAAAAAAAAAACCCUGGUAACUGAUAAGAGAGAAUAUAUCUAAUAACUCUCGAUCUAAUUUCACCUCAUUGCCUUCUUCAUCUUCCAAAUUGACUGUAAUUGGAUUGCAUUUGAGUUGAACUGUUAGAUGUUCUGUCUACACCAAACUUAGUCAAACUUGUUUCAGAGAUGGCGGAUGCGGCUAAAGAUUUAGCUUCAGGGACUGUUGGAGGAGCAGCUCAGAUAAUCGUAGGUCAUCCAUUUGACACAAUCAAGGUCAAACUCCAGAGCCAACCGGCUCCAACACCUGGUCAACCACCACGGUACACCGGUGCCUUCGAUGCGGUUAGACAGACCGUUGCUGCUGAAGGACCUAAAGGUUUGUACAAAGGUAUGGGAGCUCCGCUUGCAACCGUUGCUGCCUUAAAUGCGGUUUUGUUCACCGUGAGAGGUCAAAUGGAAGGGCUGCUUAGGUCCGAUCUUGGAGUUCCAUUGACCAUUAGUCAACAGUUUGUGUGCGGCUCAGGCGCUGGUUUUGCUGUCUCGUUCCUUGCUUGUCCUACAGAGCUGGUCAAAUGCAGGUUGCAAGCACAAGGUGCACUAGCCUGCGCCUCUACCACAAGCUCAGUCGUUGCAGCCGUGAAAUACGGUGGACCAAUGGACGUAGCCCGUCAUGUGCUACGAUCAGAAGGCGGAGCACGAGGGCUAUUCAAAGGUUUGUUCCCUACGUUUGCCCGAGAAAUCCCCGGAAACGCAACAAUGUUUGCCACCUACGAAGCUUUCAAGCGGUUCUUAGCCGGUGGUUCUGACACUUCAAGCUUAGGACAAGGAUCAUUGAUCAUGGCUGGUGGAGUUGCUGGUGCGUCCUUUUGGGGAAUUGUUUACCCGGCCGAUGUUAUGAAGAGUGUUCUUCAAGUAGAUGAUUAUAAGAACCCUAAGUACAGGGGUUCAAUGGAUGCUUUUAGGAAAAUUUUGAAAGCUGAAGGAGUUAAAGGUUUGUAUAAAGGGUUUGGUCCUGCCAUGGGUAGGAGUGUUUUUGCUAAUGCUGCUUGCUUCUUGGCAUAUGAGAAGACAAGGUCAAGCUUGGGGUAAAUCAGUUUGGUUUGGUCUUAACUUUUGGUUCGAUUUGUUGAAUGUUCCAAUUUAUUAAUCUUCUAAAUUUUCAGCAAUUUUUUUGGAUGAUUCUUCUAAUUUUUCGGCAAAAAUACUGUGUAUUUCUUUACACAAUUGUAUUUAACACUAUAUAUUUACUUGAUUUUAUAUGAUUCAGCUUAGAAAUU